ACAUGCACUCUCCUCCUCCAUUCCGUCCACAGGCCGAAGUAACAGCAAUGGAGGUCGAAGCCGCCGGCGGUGGUGACGAUAUGACCACGCACUUGGUGAGCAACGGCUCCGUCGACAUCAGAGGAAGGCCAGCGGACAAGCGGAAGACAGGAGGGUGGAAAGCCUCCCCCUUCAUCAUAGCGAACGAGGUGGCGGAGAGGAUGGCCUUCUAUGCCAUAGCAGUGAACAUGGUGACGUACUUGGUGAAGGAGAUGCACCAGUCGCUGCCGGACGCCGCCACCCACACCACCGACUGGAUCGGGGCGGCCUUCAUCCUCACCAUCCUCGGCGCAUUCCUCGCUGACGCCUACCUUGGCCGGUUCUUGACCAUUGUCAUCUUUUCAUGCAUCUAUGCAGUGGGUAUGAUACUGCUGACUCUGUCGGCCUCCGUCGACGGUCUCCGUCCGCCGCCACCGCCAUGCGUGCCGGGCUUGCCAGGCAGCGUGUGCAAGCCAGCGACCUCCAAACAGACUGCAUUCCUCUACACAGCACUGGCGCUCAUCGCGCUCGGGACCGGGGGCAUCAAGCCAUGCGUCUCCUCCUUCGGGGCCGACCAGUUCGACGAGGCCGACAAGAAUGAGGCCCACAAGAAGUACUCCUUCUUCAACUGGUUCUUCUUUGCCAUCAACAUGGGAGUCCUCCUUGCAAUAACACUCAUGGUGUUUGUCGAGGAGAGGAUGGGGUGGGGCUGGGGAUUCGGGGUGCCGGCGGCCUCCACGAUGGUGUCGAUACUGGUGCUUGUUGCCGGGGCUCGGUUCUACAGGUAUCAGAGGCCGGUGGGUAGCGCUUUUACAAGGUUUGUGCAGGUGGUGGCGGCGGCGUGCCGGAACCAUGCAAAGGGGGUGGUGGUGGCGGCGGCGAGUGGAGGAGUGAGGGAGGAGGAGCUGUACGAGGUGAAGACCAAGGAGUCGGAUAUAGUUGGCGCUCCGAAGCUGCCCCACACGAACCAAUACAGGUUUUUGGACAAGGCAGCCGUUGUCACUGAUGUCAAAGACAUUGGCACCAGCAGAUGGAGGCUUUGCACUGUGACUCAAGUAGAGGAGUUCAAAUGCUUCGUAAGAGUCCUACCUGUAUGGGCCUCCACCAUAGCCCUCUCCAUCUCAUUCGCCCAGCUUUCCACCUUGUUCAUCAGCCAGGCGACCAUCAUGGACCGGAAGCUCGGUCCCCACUUCGCCAUUUCCCCAGGCUCGGUCUCCGUCUUCGCCGCCAUUAACGCCCUCCUCCUCGUCCCCAUCUACGAGGGCCUUGUUGUCCCCUUCCUCCGCCGUUUCACGGGCCAUCGCCGCGGCAUCACCUCCCUCCAACGCAUGGGAGUCGGCCUUUUCAUAUCCAUAUUUGCCUUCUUCUCCGCUGCUGUAGUCGAGAAGAAGCGACGAGACCAUGCCGAGGCUACGAGCAUGAGCGUGUUCUGGCUGCUACCUCAGUACUUCCUCAUGGGCAGCGCUGAAGUGUUCACGUAUGUAGGCCAACUGGAGUUCUUCUACGACGAGGCCACCGAUGGGACUCGAAGUCUUAGCAGUGCUAUGUUCCUUAGUGAGAUCGGGAUUGGGAGCUGGUUGAGCACUGCUUUGGUGAAGAUUGUUGGGAGAACUACAGGCGGAGUGGAGAAGGGGUGGCUUAGAAACAAUCUCAACCAGAGCCGGCUGGACUGCUUCUACUGGGUGUUGUGUGGUAUCAAUGUGGUCAAUUUCUUUGUGUAUCUGGUGGUUGCUCGGCUUUACAGGGGAAGGGAUGGGUCCUAUGGGACUGUGAUAGAUGCAGUGGUCAUAAAGGAUGAGGCCGAUGAGAAAUCUACAGCGGAACCAUGAUCUCCAUUGACAUAUGCGUCUGUAGAGAUACCAGGCAUGUUUUGGUUCAGGUUGAUCAUUUGGCAUCAUGCAUAUUCUCCCCAAGGCGUGAAGAAGACUUGUGAAAGUCUAAAGCAUGUUUUGUUUUGUAUUCAUACACUUUGAUGCCGUUCGUUGCGUUUUAUUCAUGGCUUAGUUUAUAUGAUGUAUUAGGUUAAGGUGCUAGAAUUUAAGGUUAUAAGGCUGGAAGAAAGUUACACUGGAGGGUGGGAAGAUAAUCAGUAUUGAUAUUUGCAUGCGGAAAUGAUAUUAUUUACUUAACUGAACCUUC